AUGCCACAUAAGGUCAAACUUGACCCCAGAAGCAUCAAGAACCCGAUGCUCCGGCUCGACUGCCGUUGCGGCCCGUGGUGCACCAGAGAGAGAGGUCGACGCGCCAGCCAGAAGGUGUGUGGUGACGGCACCGUGGCAGGAGUGCGGAGAAGAGCUCGCCGAACGCGAGCAGCAGAUGGCCAAAGUGUGCCAGCGCGAGAGCCUCGCGAGCGGGCGCAGAAGGAGCUCGCCGUGACACGAUGCCGGGCGGUGGUGGUGCUCUGGCGACUGUGCACAGUGGGCAAAGUCAGGCUGCAACAGGGCAGCACGUUGGUAGUGCCCUGCUGCAGCCUGGCCUGA